UAAGGUGAUGAUGAUGGAAGAAUUGAUGAUGAUCAUUAUGAAUCUGUGGCUGGAGAAGUUUAUGAGCCAAUCAGUGAUGAAGAAUUAGAUGAGAUCCUAGCAGAUGAUGCAGAAAAGAGGGAGGAGCCUCAGGAAGAAGAUAAAGUGUCAGAUCCCAUGGAUGUCAUUGAUGUUGACUGGUCAAGCCUCAUGCCUAAGCAACCAAAGGACCCUAGAGAGCCUGGAGCAGCCCUACUGAAGUUUACCCCAGGUGCCAUGUUGCUGCGGGUUGGAAUUUCUAAGCGACUUGCUGGAGCAGACCUUUUUGCAAAAGUUAAAGAAACCUGUCAAAGUGUUGUUGGAAAUCCCAAAGAUGCAGUGAAUUUGUUUGCACAUGAGCUUGGAGCCCUGAAUAUGGCUGCACUGCAGAGAAAGGAGGAACGUGGCAACCUUCUCAGUAAUCUUGGACCUUGUUGUAAAGCACUUUGUUCCAGACGAGAUAUUGCAAUACGAAAGCAGCUGGUGAAGAAUGAAAAGGGCACUACAAAACAAACUUACUUAAACCCACCAGUAGUAGACAGUGACUUGCUACGACUGAGCCUACGACUUUUUAAACGAAAAACUAGCUGCAGUGUUCCUAACCAGGGAAAGACUGAAGAGAGUAAAACAUUACAACCUGCUGCAAAACCAGAGCUUUGUGUUUCUUAGGUUGGAAUUCCUCCAUGGCAGGCAUUUCUGUCACUGUAACUGUGCAAAACAAAGCUCAACAUGUUUCAGUAUUGGUGAAUGUGUUAUUUUCACUAACAAGAACUUUUUCAGAAUUUUUUUCUGAUGUACUAAAUUUAUACAACUAGUCUUUUAUGUGUUUUUUACCCAUUUGUUGUUUAUUUUAGCACGUGGAAUGGAAAGUAUAAAAAAUGGUUAAUGUUCUGUGUAACACUGAUGUAAACAUUGUCCCUUUUUGAUGGCAUGUCAGUAUAAUAUUAAAAUGUAAAGAACGUCAUUGUUUUUAACUAAAAAUUAUUUAUCAGUUGUCUGCGAAAGAUUACCUCAGAGACUUGCAUUCAUUUCAUUUUUUUAUUGAUAUAAAUAAUCAAAGUCUUCUGAUCUUACGUUAGUGCUUUCUUUGAUUCUUAGCAAAUUUAAAAAAGGAACUUCCAUUCUGUGUAAGUGAAGGCUCACUUCUUUAUUACCGGUUCUUUGUCAGAACUGUUUCUAGCAUAAUUUGGAGGUGGAAGGAACCAGUGAAACAUAAUACUUAGAAGUCAAAAAUAAAAUUAUUAUGGUUCUCUGAAAAUGAUAUUCUAAAGUUUCUCUCUUGUCAUGAAAUAAAGACUUGGUUAUUUUGUGUGUGC